AGUACUUUUCCCCAAAGUUAAAGCAGCGGCGUUGGAAGCACAAUAGAGUCAUCGCGCUUGCUGACAGCUUUCAAGUUUUAGCAGUGAAUUCUCGUCAACCGCAGCUCACUCUGUUUCCAAUUACAGAAUAAAAAAAAAAAAAAAAAAAAAAAAUUCAAUCAAAAAAAAAAAAAAAAAAAAAAAAUUCAACAAACAGUCGGCUAGAGCAACUGAUAAAUGGCAUCGGACCUGGCGGAGUUCCUGUGGAACAAGUUCUUGAAAGCUUUGGAAGAAGCAGAGCCUGAAUUACAUUUACGAAUCGUCUCUCAUUUUAAAGCUAUCAAAAGAGUCAUUAAAAUUCAAAGUUUUAAGAGAAAUACGUUCUUGUCCACUAGGCUUUGCCCAUUGCUUUACGAUCUCAAUGACGCAAUUUCUGAGUGCAGAGUCUUCGCGCAGCAAAGGAGGUUAAUAAGUAGGAAUUCAGUUCGUUUCAAUCCGCUUACGGAGUUCUAUUUUGUGCAGACGAUGAAGAGACGGACGGCCAGAAUCAAAACCAGAUUUAUAGGACUGGCUGAUGUAGCAGAAGAAGCAAUAGAAGAAGGAGGAGAGCGAAUCUCUAAGUCCCUUCCGAUUACGUUUCCAAGAGGCGAAGCGUCUAAUGUUAUCGGUUUCCAUAUCUACAAGGCCAAGUACAAGGAGAAACUACUGCAAAAUAAUGGUGGAUUGAAGGCAAUUGGGAUAGUUGGGAUGGGCGGCUCAGGAAAGACGACGCUUGCCCUAGAGAUUUCCAAUGCUAAAAGCGUGAGAGGAGAGUUCUCAACAAGAAUUUUUGUGCGGUUAUCGGAUAUUACUAGGAGUAAUGAACCAGAAAUUGGGCGUAAGGUGGUGAAGCUUGUUCUGGAAGCGUUAGGCUAUGAUAUUUCUCGGUUGAGAGAUACUAAUUUGGAUUGUCUUUUGUCAAUUCUUUCUUGUCGUUUACUUUACAGGAGGUAUUUGAUUGUGUUGGAUGAUGUGUGGAUUAUUCAUGAGUUUUGGGAUUCUUUUUUAAAGGCAUUGCCGGUGCAACCUGGUGGAGCUGUCAUUGUAACAAGCAGGUUGAAGGAAGUGGCUAAAAAGAUUGUGGGUGAGGAAAACUUGUUUGACAUUCCAGCACUUGAUAAUGAAGAUUGUUGGCAGAUCUUUGUGAAUAUGGUUCAUCAGGAGAGAUUAAUUUCAGUGGAUCAUCAUAUUUUGGCAAAGAUUAAGGAAGAAAUUAAGGACCAAUUUCAUGGUCUCCCUUUAGCUGCUAAGACACUUGCGAAGAUCAUUCCCAAAAGAAUCUUGGAGAUUUUUGAGCCCAAUUACUCAUUGGAGGAGUACUGCAUCCCUGUUUACAUGCUCCAAGAGGACUCAAAUGUCAUAAUUGAUACUCAUAUGCCUGAGUGUCCAGUCUUGGUGUUCAUUUAUACAAAAGAGAACCAACUUGGCAAGGAACUGUUUGACACAUUUCGAAGUCUGCUGAAUAGAAAUCAGGUUUUCAAUUUGCUGGAAGUGAAUCCUGGUGAAGAGCUAAGUAAGGUCUAUUCCAAUUUAGAUAGGCUCAAACUUAGUGGUCUUAAUCUUGCCAAUGAAAUUCAGAAUAGACUAAGAACAAUAGUUGUAGGUGGAGAUGCUGCUGUCAAUAUGCUUCUAGAAACUAUCGAUGAUCUCAGAUUGGAAAGACCACCCUCAAUUGCUCCAAUGCCUUUGGGAUCUGAAAAUGACCUAGCAUUUUCAUUUGGUUGGGGAAAGAAGAAUUCUGGGUCAGAUCGUCCUUCUGUGGUGUCUUUUCUGAAAUCUGUAGAGCACGCCAAGAAAAUGAAAAUAGACAGCUGGCAUAUUCUCAUUAGAAUGAGGGCUCCUGUGGAAGGUUCCUGUGACCCUACACCAAUUAUGCUUCCAGGGUCAUUGCACGCGUUUCAACACGUAUGCAACAUGGAAGGGUAUCAUACAUUUCGUGGAGGAUUCUGGACCUAUUUCAGCAUAGGAAUACAUGCUCAACUCGAAGAAUCGAAAAAAUUAGUUUAUCAGAACCAGAGUACUUCUGCAAGGCCUGGCUGUAUGCGAGGAUUGUUUUCAAAAUUCUCGGAGGCUUUUGAUUCGUUGAAUUUAAAUUUUAGUACAAGAUGGAUUCAGCAUUUUGUGAACAGGGGCAUAGCUUCUUAUGCAAAGAUAAAGAUCAUGAAAGGGCAAGGUCUAUGGGAAGAUGUCUAUCUCCCUUAUAGCAUCACGUCAAUUAUAUGCCUCAAUUUGCCAAGCUUUUCUGGUGGAAUGAAUCCUUGGGGAAUACCAAGUAUAAGGAGAAUGCGUGAUAGAGACUUGACUCCAUCAUAUGUAGAUGAUGGACUUCUUGAGAUUGUUGGUUUUAGAGAUGAUUUACUUGGGCUUCUCCAGCUUGGUCCAAGCAGGCAAGGGACUCGUAUUGCACAGGCACAUCGAAUCCGGUUUGAGUUUCACAAGGGUGCUUGGGAUCAUACAUUCAUGAAGAUGGAUGGAGAAUCCUGGAAGCAACCCCUACCUGUAGAUGAUGAUACAAUAGUUAUAGAGAUCUCUCACCAUGGCCAGAUCAACGUCCUUGCCACUCAUGACUGCGUGUCUAGAAGUGUUUUUGAUCCCCCGUUUCCAAUCGUUUUUUCGGAUGAAGAUGACAGUAGUGAAGAAGACUUUUUAGAAGUCGAAGUGCGAAGGAAAUUCGGUGCAGCUCCCACAUUAAGGAAAUUCGGUGCAGCUCCCACAUUCAGAAUUCCAGAUUCUGUUGAUAUUUCUCAUCUUAGCUGAGCACUAUAGUGUAGGUGUUGCAAAUUCCAUGCACUUCUAAUGGAUGAGUUCUCAGUCGUUUUGGUCCUUUUGAUUUCUAAUUCUAUAUAAAUUGUUGAUCAAUUUAGGAAAUUGUCCCUUAUGGUGAGUAAGUGUGCAUUUUUUGCAUUAUUUAGUGGGACUUGUCAGUCCACUCUGCAGAACUUGAUCUGAUCCUUCAGGCUAUUUGGUUCAAUGUGGAAAUAAGUGUGGAAUGAAAUAUGUGGAAUACGAUUUUUAUUUUCUUUUAUCAUAUUUUUAUAUUUGAAUAACACUAAUCUUUCUUAAAUAGUCUA